CACAUUAAAACAUUAAGAUUAAUGAAUACAGUUUCUGAUAAUUUAUCGAGUGACAACAUAAAAGUGAGCAUUAUCAGCGGGAGUUUUGGUGAAGGACUGCAGAUGAUUGGUAGUGAUUUAGAUAUUAUGUUUGUAAUAAAACCCAUCGAGGUUCACGAUAACAUAACAUCUAUUGUUUUCAAUUCUAAAACAACGUAUUUUUCACUGAUGACAGAAGAUACAAAACCAGGUUAUGUUAUGUUACGUCUUACCAGCAGUCCUCAUGCCUACGUGCGUAAAAGUUGUGAACAAUUCAGAUCGAAAAGUUAUCUGUCAAAUAUCUUAUUCAAGAAUUUUUUUUUAGGCGAGCUUACUCCGGUUGUACAUGGACCUUGUGUAUCCGACAGAAAAGGUUAUUUUGACUAUGCUCUUUGCCUUCAUAGUAAAUAUUGGGUCACGUCUGCGUCACAAUGGACUAUAAGGUCAAAUAAUUCAUGGCCAAAUGAAAAAACAAAGCAGCUGAUCAUCAAUCAUGGGGUGCUUUUUGUACCAAUUGGUUCUAAAGGGUCACCACACGAGGAGUUGGAAUGGCGAAUGUCAUUCUCAGUUGGAGAAAAACUUCUUAUUUAUACGUUUAGUCAUACACAAUUACUUUGUUAUGCGCUCAUGAAAAUUAUUUUAAAGGAUGUAAUAAAUACUGAUAGUAAAUGUAAAGAUUUAUUGUGUUCUUAUAUCCUGAAGACAACGAUCUUUUGGCUAUCAGAAGAAUCACAGCCCUCUCUAUGGAAACCAGACAAUUUGAUACAUUGUUUCAUGAGAUGUUUCCGUCGGCUGAUUUAUUGUGUGGAGUAUCAAGUUUGUCCGCAUUAUUUCAUUCCAGAAAAUAAUUUGUUUGAAAAUAAGAUAGAAGGACACGAUUGGAAUAAUCUGAUUGUUACACUCCGUGUUUUAUUGAGCUAUGGAUGGCAAUGCAUUUUCUUUUCUAGACAAAUAUCACAUAUUUCGGUUUUGUCGUGCAACAUUCAAAAUGAUCCCAGUUACUUGUAUUAUGAAGAUAUUAACAAACUGUUAAAGUCAAACAUAUUUGUACGUGUUUAUUCUGUGAGAGGUGCACACAAUUACUUCAGAAAAGCUGUACAUUACAGUAUGGCUUAUAACACCAAGAAAUUGAAAUACCUUCAUGCAUAUUUCGUGUCAUCGGUGUGCUACAAUACAUGUGAGUCCAUAUACCUGACCAGUGCAAUAAGUAAUAAGAACCUAUAUAAACAAAACAACACUUGUCUGAGUUAUCUACUAAUGAACAUCAACCAUAAUACUGUAUCUGGGUGGUUGAUGCUUGCCUCGUUUUUCUACAAGGCAAACCAAUAUAGGAAGUCUCUCAACAUUAUUUUGUAUGCUCUAUCAAAGUGUACACCUGAAAAACUAUUUCUCGGAGCAGAAUUGUCUGUCAUGCAACGACGUCUAGUCAAAUGGCAUGCAGUUCGAAAGCAAGGAGUAGUUCGUUCUUUAAGAUUUGUACUGGUAGAUUAUGUCAUUUUUAAAACUUCAACAUUUAUUCCUGUAGAACUGCUCAUUGAAGGAAUAGAUGUUAUAAUACCUCCUGUAGUUUACGCACAUGUUUUGUCUUUCCUGUGUUAUUACCACCUGGAAGAUGUGCGAGAAUGUCGAAAUUCCCUCCGAAAACUUCAACUGACAAUAGCCGAAAACUAUUUUGUUGGAGAGGAGAAGAGUCCUGAAUUAUUAUCUCACUACUGUCUUGGUACUGCUUUGCAAUUAAUGGGGGACACCGUAUCAGCCAAACAAAUAUUCGUCGAAAUUGUGAAAUUAUAUCCAUUUCCAUACAUUCUUAAGCAAUUGAAAAGACUUUCUCUGGUACUUUUAGUGUAAAAAUACAUUUGUGUUAAAGAAUAAGAUAAAUCUAGAUUCAUUCGGUUAAUGGGAAAUAACAUUAACGGUGCCAA